GCUUCUGUAAACCUUCGUUAAACCUCGGCCACUAUUUAUGGUUAAUAAGUGCAAUGCGUCAGCAGGCACCGAGAUUCUGGCCUGAAAUUCUCCAAGAAAAAGCAAGAUUCUGACCUGAGGAUAUAUUAAAAAAUUAUGGUUUCUUCUUCUUCAGAAAAAAAGAAAGAAAGAAAAGCUAAGAAGGCUUAAAGAGAAAACAGAAUUAGAUGAAGAGAAGAAUGGUUCUUGGCAAGCUCACUAGAUGCAGUGGUGUGUGCAGUUUUGGGAGAAUCAAAGAGUAUUCACAAGUAUCAAAUGGGAAAAGAUUAAUGGAGAGAGAAUUGAGAGAAGCAAGUGAGAUGGUGGGGGAAGAGCACUGUUGCAUUAGUGGACGCGGUGGCAGUGGGGUGUCAGGUCUGUGUGAUCAUAUUGAUGGUCUGCCAUCCUCCUUGAAAUGUUUUAUAACAAAACGUUUUCAUUGUAGUGGGCUACGAAUCAAGUCUCUAUUCUCGUCGGUAUCUUUGCUUCUGUACAGAGCUGGAACAGUACUUAUUAUCGGGAAGAUGGCAGGAGGAGGAAGAGGUGGCGGCGGCGGCGGUAGUUCACUUUUGAAAUCAACAUCAAAAGCUCAAAACUCAUCGAACAUCAGAAGUAGAGGACGCAAUACAUAGUAUUACCCUUUUUUUUUUUUUAUAUAUAUAAACUCAAGAAAAUUAAAGAAUACAUAAAAGCGGUAUUGUGUCUCUUAGGUACCAUUUUCUUAAGAGACCACGACUAUUAAUUACAGACAGUUUUUAAAAGUCCGAAAAUAAAUUGAUUCUAUAUCAAUGUGUGCUUAAAGUGAUGAAGGAAAGACUAAAGAAA